AUGACUCUGGGACUCCCUGGAAAGGAGGGGUUCCUGAAGCCGAACCCAGGCUAUGUUAGCUUUGUAGCUGUUAUCAACACAAUGCUGGUGACAUGUGCUGUUUGCUGCUACCUGUUUUGGCUGAUUGCGAUUCUGGCUCAACUCAACCCUCUCUUUGGGCCGCAGUUAAGCAAUGAAACAAUCUGGUAUCUUAAAUCUCACUGGCCUUAA